GCAGAGUGUUUGCAGUCUAUGUGUGUCUGCGUACCCAUAUGAAGGGAUUUGUGAUCUGACUGGACAAAGUUUCAUUAUACUAGUGAAAUUUCCAAGCCUUUUCUACUUUGAAGAGUUUUUAAGAAUUCCUUCUGACACUCUCUUCCUGGAGGAAGAAAUGCCCCAUCACAGCGUUCUUUGCCUGGUCCUGCUGAUGCUCUCUGGAGUUGUGGUCCCUGCUGUUCUAACAGCAGAGUAUCCCCAAGGACCUGCCCCCACACUGUGGAACGAGCCGCCGGAGCUGCCAUCGGGAGAGGGCCCCUUUGAUGCCGCCACCACCCCGGGCCGCUUCUCGGACUCUACAGGCUUCCCCCCGUACACCUCGGAGUAUGAGCCUGAGGACACCACCCACCUGCACCGUCUGGAUGAUAACGGGUCUCUGGGUCCUGGAGCUAUCAGUGCCAUCGUAAUCGCUGCUCUCCUGGGCACGUCUGUGAUUGUGGCCCUGAUCGUCAUCACCCUGCGAAAAUUCUCUGCCUCCUGAACUGAAUAAAAG